UUUGUGAACAACCAAUUUUAAAUUGCUUUUUCCAUUCAAGCAUGAAUCUCUCUUCUUGUACAACAUCUUGCCUUUGUUUUUUAAUGUCUGGAUGAGCUGGCUUUAGCAUCUUUAUGUUGGACUGCAAGUUCCUUUUAAGCACCCUUUGGAUUUCAAUUCUUGAACUUUAAAGAGGUCACUGGCUUUUGCUUGUCUAAGUUUCCAAAAUGGGAAGACAACCUUGUUGUGAUAAGGUUGGAUUAAAGUGCGGUCCAUGGACAAUUGAGGAAGAUCAUAAGCUGAUGAACUUCAUACUGAACAAUGGUAUUCAUUGCUGGCGAACGGUUCCCAAGCUUGCAGGUCUGUUAAGAUGUGGAAAAAGUUGCAGAUUAAGAUGGAUAAAUUAUCUAAGACCAGACCUUAAGAGAGGGGAUUUUACAGAAUCAGAAGAGGAUCAGAUUAUUCAACUUCAUUCGCGUCUCGGAAACAGGUGGUCCAAGAUUGCUUCACAUUUUCCUGGUCGUACAGAUAAUGAAAUCAAGAAUCAUUGGAAUACUCGAAUCAAGAAGAAGUUAAAGCUCCUUGGUCUAGACCCUGUGACACACAAACCUAUUGAGAAGGCAGAGAAAACUGACGGUAAAAAUAAGAUGACUUCUGACUCUAAUUCGUCUAAUAAACAAGAAGCAAGCUUAGUGUCAAAGUCAGAGGAUGAUCAUGGCAUGACAGUUUCCCCAAGAAGAGAUGAGAAACUAGAAGAAAUUCAAGUAACUUUGGAUGAAACAAAUGAUCUAUUGAACAGCUAUCAAAUGUUGUGUGGAAGCUUUGAUUUAGACUCAUGGUUGAAGCAAGAUACAAAUACUUCCUCUUACACAUCUUCAUUCUCAAUGGAAGAAUCCAACAAUCCUUCAAUGGGUGAAACCGCCUCUAUUCAAGAAAAGUCUCUAAAGCAAUGGGUUGAUAGUGUGGAUUCAUUUCUCUCAUGGGAUAGCUUUAUUCAUCUGGAAGAAAAUUCUUUUUUCCUUGGGAAAUAGGUCAUUGAACAAAACUUCUUCCAUGCCCAGGUUUCUUUAGAAUCCUAUCAUUUUGGCAAUAAAAAAGUUCAGAAAAGGUGUUUC